AUGGAAAAUUUCAGCGACAUCUAUCUGUCAGGCGAAGAAAAGCCUCCAUCAAAUAUUGUGUUUGGUACGACACAAAAUCGUCCAACAUUUCCAACAGAUAUUGCUCAUGAUUGUUUUGGAAACACUCAAACGCCAAUUCGAGGCGUACCUGGCAUUGGGCCGGGGUCCUACAACAAUGAGGAGAAAACCACAUUUAGAUAUGUCCUAGAUCAUCAACCGAUGAGCAGACGUGGUUACACGUUUAAUGCUCGAACUGAACAAAGAAAAACAUUUGUUCCAAAGGCUGACGUACCGUCGCCAGACGCUUAUCAACCAGAUCAUUCUGGCAAAAUGUCAACAAAACGUGCUUUCAAACCGUUCAGUGCAGCGGCACAACGUUUUUCUCGCUCAAAUAGUGCUGAUGGUCCAGGCCCCGGUAAUUAUGAACUCGAUGUACAACAAAAUCGUCACGUUCAUCAACUUCAUGCAUUUGGAGGAAGAGUAAAGUUAAUACCAGCUGUUAAAACAAAAUGCAUGCCCAUCAAUACAGAUAAAUGCAUGCUAUGUCAACAACCACCGCAGGGUGAUUAUUAUCAAUACAGAAAUGAAAUUUUAUGUGCAAAAUGUUUUGACUUUAAUUGGCAAUUUCAAGAAAAAUUCAAACGCUCAUAUUUGCAAGCAUUUCAAAAAGUACGUGAUUGUUCCUUAAUUCAUGAACAUUCGGGUACUCAAGCAAAAAUUCAACUAACGGAAGAUCGUGUGACAAAAAAAUUACAACGAAAAGAAGCUUAUCUUAGUCUCUAUUGGUCGUAA